UUGAUUUAGAAUCUUGGACCCUAAAAAAGGGAAAUGGAUGCGGACUCUCAGACUCCUGUUGAACUUACCAUGGAGGAGUUGUGUCAGCCACCGCUUGAGGCCAAAUCUGAAGUCACUAACAAGCUUCUAGAUCUUCAGUGGAAAGUGAGUAUGGCAGUGAGCUCAGACAAUUGCAGAUCUCUUAAGUCUCCUUAUGCUGCAUUGAUGCUAAAAGUGGCAGAUCAGUCAGGCCAGAUAACAAACAAGUCCUUUGAAAUGACAAUUCCACAAUUUCAGCAUUUCUUCAAACAGUUUAAAGAAAUGGCUGCUGUUAUUGAAACUGUGUAAAAACUACUCGCCUUGUUACCUUUGUAAAAUAAUGUAUAUCAUUUGAUGUAAACACAAUUCCAUAAAGAUUGAAUGCUAUUUCUUAAAUGUAGAUGUAAUUUCUUUGUCAUUUUCAUAGGGUAAGAUAGUACUGUUUUAGGCUUUAUUCAUGUGUUACAACAUCUCAGAAUCUCAUAUUUAAAUAAGUAUUGUAUUGACAAUUACAAAUAAACUUGACAAAACAAA